GGAGAAAAACUCCCACGCGGCGUCGGCUAACAACGGAAACGUCGUCGUCGUCGUCAUGGCGAGCUAACGGGAAUCGCCAAGUAGCCCGGAUGAGCGUUCAGUCGUGUCCGUACAUUUCCAAAAUGUCAACCGUCGACUGUGACGUGUGUCGCAUUUGUCUGCACCGGCGAGGCCUCCUCGAUGUUGUCGUCGCAGGUGCGCCGACUUCGGUUUGUUUCGCUUCUCCGAAUGGCGCAGAACGCCACCUAGCUGCUUUCUGUUUGGAGGAAUGAAGGAGUUACAAUUUGCUUAGAUUAAAAUUUCAAAGCUCGUUGCUGAACCCCCCUCCACAACAUGUCCCAGGACAAGAGUGGCUACCCCACUAUGGGGGAGUCCAACCCACUCCACAACAACGUCUACGGCCCCCCGCAGCCGGGCUUCGGCAUGCCGCCGCCCAACUACAGCCAGGCCCCCGGGGGCCCGUACCCGCCGGCCGCCGGCUACGGCCAGCCGGGCUUCCCUCAGGCCGGCUUCGGCCCAGCACCCUACCCGCAGAUGCCUUACCCCCAGAUGCCCUACCCGCAGGGGCCCUACCCCCAAGGGCCCUACCCUCAGGGGCCCUACCAGCAAGGACCGGAUCAGCCAGGCUUUCCCGGGGACCCCUGUGCACCCGGCGGCAGCCCCGGUUACCACGGCGACGUGCCUCCGACCUACUACGACAACGAGGAUUUCACCAACUCUGGCUUUGAGGACAAGAGCAUCCGACAGGCCUUCAUCAGAAAAGUGUUCAUGGUCCUCACCGUUCAGCUGUUGGUCACCUUCUCCUUCGUUGCCGUAUUCACCUUCGUGGACGACGCCAAGGUGUUUGUGCGCCGGAACCCGUGGACGUACUACAUCUCCUACGUGGUCUUCCUCGUGUCCCUCAUUGUGCUCAGCUGCUGCGGGGAGUUCCGCCGCAAGCACCCCUGGAACUUGGUGGCGCUGUCCAUUCUGACCCUGAGCCUUUCCUACAUGGUGGGCAUGAUCGCCAGCUUCUACGACACAGACGCCGUCAUCAUGGCCGUGGGCAUCACCGCUGUGGUUUGCUUCACCGUGGUCCUCUUCUCGCUACAGAGCAAAUACGACUUCACUUCCUGUCAAGGCGUGCUGUUCGUGUGCCUGAUCGUCCUCCUCCUCUUCGGCAUCCUGUGCAUGUUCAUCCGCCACAAGAUCCUGCACAUCGUCUACGCCUCGCUGGGCGCCCUCUUGUUCACCUGCUUCUUGGCAGUGGACACCCAGCUGCUCCUUGGCAACAAGAAGAUGUCUCUGAGCCCCGAGGAGUACGUCUUCGCCGCUCUCAACCUCUACACGGACAUCAUCAAUAUUUUCCUCUACAUCCUGGCCAUUGUGGGACGCUCCCGCGAAUGAGCCAGGAGGGAGAAUGUGGGCCCGGGGAGGGAUGCCUUCCAUUUUUGUUGUUGUCUCUUUUCCUCCCCUUCCUCCAUUAUGCUCUUUAAAUUAAUGAACUUUUUUCACCGGUGUCGCCCUAAUGGUUGGUCUCUCUCGCUUCUAACGCUCCCCGCGCUUCUACUAACACAAAAUAGUUGCCCGCCGGCAACGCCACCCAGCCGUCGACCUACGUUUUGGCUCAGCACGUGGGCGCGUCUUUUAUCCCGUGGCUGUUUGGCACGCAGAACUGGAACUAUCCCUCCUCCUGUAACUGCAUGGCAAUGGCAGAAAAACACAACGCCCGUUUCUAUAGGUACAAGUGAAUAGCUCUUUCUAGUUAGUCCCAGCUGUAAAUGGUUGCGUGUACCACUAUACUCGAAUGCCACUCUACACUCAUUUGGGGAUGUGUUGCUUUAAGGCAGGGCUGUCCAAAAUUGAAGGAUGCGUGGGCCAUUUUUUAUAUUUUACGAGCCUUUGGUUAAUUAAAUGUGCUAAAACCAAUGAAAUGUAGAAACAAAGUAAUUUGUUUGUUAAAAAAAAAAAAACGGGAAUUGCUUGCAGUAAAUUCUCCAAUAAAUGAUUAUCAAAAAAUAUAUCUAAAUUUACAGUAUACAAUAAAAUACUAAAUAUUUAAUAAUAUAUAACAGCUUAAAUGUUUUCAUUUUCUGUAUAGUGCAACAUCAAUCAUGCCUUUUUAAGAAAUGAUUGACGCAGAAGAGUAGCUGUUUAAACACAAUUGUUAAGCUGUAAAAACACAAAUUGCCUCCAUUCACAUUGCUGUGACAGCCUUUGAAAUGAGUUAACAAGUUUGACAUAUAACUCAAAAUCGUAUCACUAGCCAGAAGCUGAGCUGCACUGUGUUUGUUUUCGGAAAAAUCUACACCACGAGUCAUUUGGGGGUUUUAGUAACAUUUCCACUUUUUCCCUUGUGAGCCUUUGCAUGUUCUUGAUGUUUUUCCAAAUUGUAUGUUCACAUUAUACCACUGGUCUUUAAUUAAAAAGGUGAAAAAUGGCCCCGCAGCCAGACUUGGGACGCCCCUGCUCUGACUUUUCCAGCGUGAUAAUUCAACUUUUAAAGGCACGAGAAUUAUAUACGACAAACAAGCUUUCUUCAUCGUUAUUUUUUUCCCCUUUCUCUUCCUGCUUAGUCAUCGGCGUGAAGUGAACGUUUUUCUUUUUAGUGCUGUAUUUUUCACGUUUCCAUUAGUGUGAAGUAUUGGUAAUGCUGCUCGUCAUUUGAAUUUUUUUUUUUUUUUUUUUGCGGGGGUUUGGGGUGACUGUUAAUGAAGUUAGCUGAACGCUGGAUUCACACAUGCAGUGAAGACAAAAUGCAUGAUAACUUAUUUAUUUAUUGAGCUUCAUGUAGAUGACUCUUGAGUUACUGACUCAGAACUGGAAAUGAAUAAACACUGGUAACAAAGUCACAUGCAGUGAAGACAAAUGCAUGAGAACUUAUUUAUUUGAGUUUCACAUUUAUGACACUUGCGUUGCUAACGCAGAACUGGAAAUGAUUCAACACUGGUUACAAAGUGACACUGAAGGUAGCACUGCGGUCUCCCGCAGUAUUUUUAAUUCUCUUUAAUUUUAGUUGUCAUCCCGUGCAUGGCCUGUCGCACGUGCAUUGUCAGCACACGGUAAUUUUUUUUUAAUUGGGAGGAUUUAUUUUUUGGGGGCAAAGAUGUUUGUAUCUAACGCAAAAGUGUAGGUGUACAUAGAAGUGCUUUGAUGUGUAUAGGCCUGGUACUCGUUUGGAUUGUAAUAAUGCAUUGAAUUUGAGUGGAACUGCAUUCCUCCUCACGCUGUCGGCUUUUCAUUAAAAACAUACCAUGUGGAACAUGUAA